AUGGCGGACGAAAGUGGGAUGGCAGCGAAGUACCAGAUGCUGGAGGAGCUUGGAAGUGGGAGCUUUGGAACUGUUUACAAAGCAAUUGACAGAGCUACGGGCGAAAUUGUCGCCAUCAAACACAUUGAUCUCGAGUCCAGCGACGAUGAUAUACAAGAAAUUCAACAAGAGAUUACAGUUCUGUCGACCUGCGCCAGUCCUUAUGUCACGCAGUACAAGACCAGUUUCCUCCGAGGAUACAAGUUAUGGAUUGUGAUGGAAUAUUUGGGAGGAGGCUCUUGUCUCGAUCUGCUCAAACCAGGCGUGUUUAACGAGGCACACAUCGCGAUCAUUUGCCGUGAACUACUUCUCGGAUUAGAUUACCUCCAUCAGGAGGGCAAAAUCCAUCGCGACAUAAAGGCGGCGAAUGUUCUUCUGUCACAUACCGGGAAGGUAAAGCUGGCAGACUUUGGCGUUGCUGCCCAACUUACCAACAUCAAAUCGCAACGCAACACCUUCGUCGGAACCCCAUUUUGGAUGGCACCAGAAGUUAUUCAGCAAGCUGGAUACGAUUUCAAGGCCGAUAUCUGGUCACUUGGUAUUACAACAAUGGAAAUGAUAAAUGGCGAGCCACCACACGCCAGUACGCAUCCGAUGAAGGUGUUGUUUCUGAUACCAAAGGCGUCAGCUCCACGGCUAGAAGGUGCAGCCUACAGCUGGCAACUCAAAGAUUUUAUUGCUCAGUGCCUGGAGAAAGAUCCUGAUAAGCGUCCUACCGCGAAGGAACUCCUCAAACAUAAGUUUAUCCGUAGCGCUGGCAAGACCGAGGCUCUCCAAGAACUCAUACAACGACGACAAGAAUGGGAAGCUACAAAAGGCCUUGCGGCUAAUAUAAAAUACUACGCGGAACCAAUGGAUACAAUUACAAAUAAGAAUACCGAUGAUGACGCUUGGGUGUUCGACACGAUAAAGCCCGGUACCCCUGCCCCGUCAAAGAGCCAGCAUAUAAGGAAUCAGCCUUCAGUUUCCAACCCAGAAGAUGCUUAUGAGCCAUCAGAAUCCAUGUACAAUCUAACCUUGGAAAGCGAAUUUUCUGGUCCUAAGCCUGUCGCAAACUCAACCGUUCGUCGCACCCGUGGUACGGUAUCUAGAACACCGUCAAAGCGCUCCACUAGACGCCGAUCAAGUAGCGUCAAGCAGCCUCUCGGUUUGGAUAUGACGUUUGGGAAUUCACCUUCAACUGUGAGACAAUUCCGUCGAGUCUCCGAUAGGCAAAACUCCCUUGAUGGCAAUUCCGGAUAUGUUCCAGGAAUGAAUGAGAACUCUAUGCCUAAAACGCUAUUCACCGAGCCCAACACCAAAGAAGCAAUCUUAGGCCGGAGGAUGUAUAAUUCUGGCAUUGGGCUUACCUGCCAGGAAGUGUUGGCAAAUACUAGCGACCAAGAAAAGCGAGAGGCAAUAUCGCGACUGGCAGAAGCUUUCAGUGAUCUCGAGAUGAUUGACCCGAAGGACUAUAUCACAUUGUUAAGUCCUCUUUUGAGAAACUUCAAGCCCAUACUUCCGAAGCCAGCUCCAGAAACGCCACAAAAGCCAAAACUGGUCCUUGCUCAGAAUAACCCACAUCUAAAAAGCCACAGGCGAAGACAAUCCGCUCAGGUUCAAUCAGAACAGAACUGGAAUUCUGGAACCACCAUGGCUGGGCAACACCCGAUUGGAAUGGAGCACACUAAACAGCUUGCUGAUGUUCUAUAUACCCGCUGGACUGACGGCCUCCGAAACAGAUGGCCUGCAGUAUAA